AUGGCACCAAAGAAGAAGCCUUUGCCAGAUAUCAGGAAAGUAGGACAUGAACGGUAUCUUGCUCGACAAUGGGAUGAAACUUCUACAGUCGCUGGAUCUACAGUCGCUGGAUCUACAAUCGCAGGGGACGAAGAAGACCAGCAAGCUGAGCCUUUAGGGCCGCUCAUCGAUUUUGAGGAUGCGCUUCCCAUUAGACCAGCUCCAGCUCCAGCAAUCAACGCAGCAGCUAGUCGCUCUACCGCAACACCAAUUUCUACAAGUCAACGUCAUGCUUCUGGCAAUAUAGGUGGCCGCGCAGGUGGUAUCCCACUCCAAAAUCGAAAUGUAGUAUCGCCUCAGAGAGCACCACUAACCUCACCUUUAAACCCACGUCAAGUCCCAACGAUCAACCGUGCUUCCCCUCAACGUGGUGGUCCUCCGACACAAGCCCAGAGAAACCGAAGUGGUUCAUAUGGACGUCCUCAUGCUCAGCCUCUUUCCGAGCAGCGAAGAGCCAGACCAGAACGACCUCCAGCGGGUAAGGCAUUUGCUGAUGGCGCUAAGCUAGUAACUACAAGAUUAGCUUUGACGCAAGAAGCACGAAAAGAGCAGGAAGCAAAAGAUAAGGCGUAUCUGGGCGAACCAGACGAAGAUGCAGCUAUUGCAGCGCAGGCAUGCUAUCUCUGGCCCAUUAAAGACACUCCACCAACCAGUUUCUUCGGCUCAGUCCUGGAAGACCUUAAUCACAUAAAAUUGGAACUAAGAGUUUGGAUCGUCUGGGAUGCUGAUAUGAAUUCUUUAGUUAUUAGUUCAAGACCCUGGCCACAACACGAUAAGGCACAAGAAAAUGUCCUUAAAGCAAUUGCUGCAAUCCGCCAAGACUUGCUCGAUGCCAAAGCUAGAAGACUGUCGGCUACGCCACUUUUUAUAAAUGUUCCACCAACUCCGAAAGCAAUGAGAGAAGAAUUUCGACCGGUAAAGUAUCGGAACAGAUUGAACAUGAUAGAAUUGAAAGGCAGAGAGCUUUCCAUCGACGAAAAGGAGGAAUGGUCUCACCAUCGUACUAAGCUCUUAGCAGACAAUGAGAACAUGUUCACAUCGCACCUCGUCAAGCACUUACGUGCUCUGGCACCACUCAAACAGAUGAUGCAGAUGAGGCUUCAUUUUGGCCAUCUGAAUCUCUCGCAAUGGCCAAAACAGUUUACUCCAGGUUGCACUUACAAGGGUCUCAUGGAUGUUUUAAACGAUCCUCGGGCGCAAGCUGCCUCAACGUUUAACAAAGUAUUACUGGAUGCCCAGACUGGUGUCGCUCUAGGACGCAAAUUCGUUGGUGCCCCUGAAGUAUUUACUUCCAUAUACGGACCACAUUAUCCCCUCGAGGAAGUCGAAAUUAGCCACAUGCUCUGCGUGUAUUUCAGGACACCUCAAAACAUACCCGUUCGUCUGGAGACAGAUAUUGACCGCAAUGGAGAGAACCAGUAUCAGCUAGGCUCCACUAGAUACUUUAGGGACAACACCAGAAACAAACGUGUCGAGAUUUGCAAUAUCGACAUUGAAAGAAAGAUUGACUGGGCCUUGGAGAUAGUGACCGAUAACACUAUCAAAGAUCCACUUCCAGAGUGGCAGAAGCUCGUUGAGCGAUCAGUCACAGCGCAGACAAAAGAUCGCAUGGAUGCGAACGGAGUUCCGUACCCAGGCGUGACUGUAAGCUACGGUAUAACCAAAGUCGAGAGAGUGAUAGUGAGGAGCACAAUCAAGUAUAAGUUUGCGAAUUCCGGAUACGUUGUGGAGAUCGCCGUUUAUCGUGGCUGGGUAGGAUCAGACACCAGACCUGAGCCAGAAAUUCGACUGGGCGUUACUAUGUACCAUCCUGUAUGGGACUACUCAAUGCAAUCAAUCGAGGACACGACAGAAGUUCGAGAUUGGGACAAGGAUUUGACUCAGUUCUUCAACAAUGGCGAGGAAGGUAGCCAUGGCAUUCCGUAUUUCCUCACAGAGGUGGAUUUGAUUAAGAGCUAUCUGAGUGAGGCUUCUACUGGCUUCUUCCGAAGUCUCAAGGCAGAGACCGCUUCGUCUUGA